AAGUAAGCCGUCUUUCUGUCCAGUGUUGCAGAGCAGCUUUGAGCGAUAGAAGGCGGAUAAUUUCCUAAUUUUGUACCUGCUGGCUUGUGUAGAGGUUUGUCCCGCCAAAGAAAUGUCAGCUAGCUAACAGCCCAGAGUACACGAUAAUGCUUCACAAAAUGGAAAUCGUACAAGCUAACAGGUUUUUAAUAACUGGAGGGUGUGGAUAUUUUGGCUCUCGCCUUGCUUCCGCUCUGCACAAAAAGGGAGCCAAAGUCGUUCUGUUUGACACCAUCCCUCCAAGCCAAGGAGUGCCUGAAGACGUUGUGUUUGUGCAAGGCGAUGUACGUGAAUAUGGUCAAAUUAGGAAGGCCAUCGCUGGUGUGGACUGUGUGUUCCACAUUGCUUCUUUUGGCAUGUCUGGUAGGGAGCAGCUGAAUAGGGAUCUGAUAGAGGCGGUCAAUGUUCAAGGCACAGAGAACAUAUUAAAGGCUUGCAUUGAGCACGGAGUAUCCAGGCUGGUUUACACCAGCACCUUCAACGUGAUCUUCGGAGGUCAAGUAAUAGAAAAUGGGAAUGAAAGCCUCCCGUAUCUGCCUCUCCAUCUUCACCCAGAUCACUACUCCAGGACCAAGUCUCUGGCUGAGAUGGCAGUACUAAAGGCCAAUGGCACAUCACUGAAGGGCAGCUCUGGGUUGCUCAGAACCUGUGCCCUGCGACCAGCAGGUAUCUACGGACCUGGAGAGCAGAGACACCUGCCUAGGAUAGUUGGCUAUAUUGAAAGAGGGAUCUUCAGGUUUGUUUAUGGUAACCCCGGCAGCCUGGUGGAGUUUGUUCAUGUGGAUAACCUGGUGUCAGCACAUGAGCUAGCUGCAGAGGCUCUGACCCCAGAGAAGCAGCACCGCUCUGCUGGCCAAGCCUACUUCAUCUCAGAUGGCAGGCCUGUCAACAAUUUUGAAUUCUUCAGACCUCUGGUGGAAGGCUUGGGCUAUCCUUUCCCCAAGCUGCGCCUUCCCAUCUCUCUGGUUUACUUUUUUGCCUUUCUCACAGAAAUGAUUCACCAUCUCAUCGGCCCCUUGUACAACUUCCAACCACUGCUGACACGUACAGAGGUGUAUAAAACCGGCGUUACGCAUUACUUCAGCUUGGGAAAGGCCAAAGCUGAGCUUGGUUAUGAGCCACAGGAGUACAACCUGGAUGAGGUGGUGCAAUGGUUCAGAAGCAGAGGCCAUGGAAAGAAAUGCCACAGCUCCUUUAUCAGCAGGUUGAUACUUAACAUCCUGUUUGUUUCAGCCUUCAUAGCUGUGGCUCUCUCUUUUCUGCCAGUUGUUGGUAGUUGAUAACAAACUAAAUCAAAAUGAUCACCCUGAUGUUUCCUACAUGUUGAAUAAACAGGCUUCAUAAAUAUUUGAUUUUUAUUCUUUUUAAGGAGCUGUAAGAUGUGUACAUUUUAACAUUUUAGUCUGUUUAAUCACUUUUUAAGGGUUUUACAAAUGCUACCUCUUUUUCUAACAAGUUAGCUUCUGAAGGAAAGCAAACAUCCAUAUAAUAAUUACUUCCUAUAUGCUGUUUUUUGUCUUAAAAAAGGAAAACUCAUGAGAAAAUAAAUCUGAGACAUGUCAAACUUU